CUCUUCCGGUCUCUCUCCUUCUCUCAGUCAGUGACUGGUAUCACCAACUGCUUUUUGUUUGGUAUUGGAUUAAUUGUAUAAUAUUUUUUAGAGAAAAUUCUACAUCCAUAAUGUCUUGGUACAGUCAGACUGCCGAUUUCCUGUCCGAUUCCUUCGCGAAUCAUCAAUCCCAGAUCCCCCUCCUGGCCGCAACCGGUGCAGCAUCGUUUACUCUAGGCUUCCUGCUUCGCUCAAUUGGUUCAGAUUCGCACACUGAAGGAAAGAUCCUUCACUCCCCGCGGUCGACUGUUUUACCCGGUCUCUCAGAUGAAGAAAUUCGUGCUCUUCCGUUGCCGGCCGAUGUGCUCCCCGGAGCCCGUGAUGUGUCGACCCCAUAUGGAUCAAUCAGGGCCUACGAAUGGGGCCCUGAGGAUGGACCUAAGGUGCUUUUUGUUCAUGGUAUCACUACUCCGUGUAUCGCAUUGGGCGGUGUGGCACACGCUCUAGUUGAUCGCGGCUGUCGUGUCAUGCUGUUUGAUUUGUUUGGACGAGGCUAUUCCGAUUGUCCGUCAGACCUCCCUCAGGACGACCGACUAUUCUCGACACAGAUCUCUCUUGCAUUGAACUCGUCCCCGAUUUCGUGGACCGGUGCUGGGUCUGGUAAAUUCUGCCUCGUGGGUUAUUCCCUUGGAGGCGGUAUUGCUGCGUCCUUUGCGUCAUUCUUCCCUCAACUUCUUUCGUCCUUGGUGUUACUGGCUCCAUCCGGUUUGAUCAGAGACUCCCAGAUUAGUUUCCAGUCACGUUUUUUGUACUCCCGUGGACUGAUACCUGAGAAGGUUCUGGGUUUCCUUGUCGGCCGUCGGCUCCGUGCGGGCCCAUUGGUUACCCCGAAGCCCAAGGGUAAUGAGAAGAUUGAUGCCGGGGCCGCACUCACCGAAGAACUUCCCUCGACAGGCGCUGCUGGUACUCAAAUACUUUCCCGAGCAUACCCUCAUGUUGCUGUUCCCACGGCCGUCUAUUGGCAAGUCAAUAACCAUUCCGGCUUUGUUCAUGCCUUCAUGUCUAGCAUGCGGUUCGGGCCAAUUCUGUGUCAACGACAAUGGGAUACAUGGGCACGCCUGGGCCAGUUUCUGACGGCGCAGCGGAGUCGCUCGCCCCAAGAGCAAAGCAAGCAUGGUCUUACGGGCGACAAGGUGCAGAUUAUCUGCGGAGUUGACGACUCUAUCAUCGUUAAGGAAGAGCUUGCACCAGAUGCUACCGAUGUCCUCGAGGGAAAUGUUGAGUUUAAAUACUUCGACGCUGGACAUGAAUUCCCCAGUACCAAAUACGAUGAACUAGCACAACAAAUUUGGGACUUAUUGGAUUGAAUUGGAAUCCCGAGACCUGGACUGUGUACAUGACAGAGACCCACUACCACUCUGAUGUUUCCUUGGCUCUCGGAGCUUGCUUUAGUUGGAUAUACCCGCCAAGUGAUGACCAUACUGUCUUCUGGUCAUUGUCACUCAUACCACGGCAUCUGAAAGGUUUUGUAUAUAGAGAUUAUCCCUUGUAUUCUGGAAGAUACCGGAUUCUUCUUCAGUUGUUGGUAUUUUCCUUGCAAAUAGACAUGUGUCUUUCAUGUUUUCAAAAUCUCAUCCGUCCUAUUGAUCUGACUCGAUAGGCGGGAUACGUGCGCAGACCGGUCAUGCAUCCGCGUGUGAGCAAAAUACGGCUCAUCUGCAGUGGAUGACCCAUUGGGGCCUGCGACGCCAGCAUUGCUCCUGUUUGUAUCGUGGUUUGCAUUUCCAUUAGGCCGGUUGCCCAUACCAUUGGUCAUCCUGGAACCGUUAGUUACUUUCAAUGCAUGG